AUAUGUAGAUUUAGAUGACUGGGGUCUAGCUCAAGUAGCAUUCAAUCUGUUAGAAGAAAGGCAUAAAUUGUUUUGCACACAACUGGGCAAUGGAAAACAACUAUAUAUGCCCACUAUUGGCACUAAUUCAUCGUGUACUUCAUUACAUAUUAGAAACAAAAGCUGUGGCAACUAUAAUCAUCCCAAAAUGGGUCUCAGCAGUGUGGUGGUCGAUGCUAAUACAUAUGCAGAAGGAAUUUUUAGUACUGCCCUUGGCACAGCUAGUCUUCAUAAAGGGUUCUUUAGAAGAAGUAGAACCUUGAAAGAAUCCAAGAUGGCAGUUCCUAGCAGUAAGAAUACCUUGGCAGCAGUAUCAAGAGAGCAUUUGGAAUAUCAACUGCCAGAUCCAUCAAAGGAAUACAGAGUGAAGAGAGUUUAUAAAGCACUUCUUAAGGA